AUGAUGUUCAAACCUGGCGCCUGGUGCUUCCCUGACCCCGCGCCGUUCGUGCAGUCCUGCUGCACCCUGGGCUUUGCGUGCCUCAAGGACACCGGCUCGCUGUUCGGCCACAGCUGCCAGCAGCUGCAGGACUCGAAGCUGAAUUACACGUUCGCAUCGAGCUACGGGGAGUGCAAGAACAAGGUUGCACCCGGCGACCAGUGCGGUGCGCGGCGGGCUGCGCGCGGGGGCGUCGCCGCAGGCGCCAGCGGCGGCGCUUGGUACAGGAGGGGCGGAGGGGGCCGCGCGCCGCAGCGGUUGCCGGCCGGAGUGGUGGGCUGCGGCGGCGGCGGCCAGUGCAUCAAGUGGAAUACCUGCGCCAACACCGGCCCCUGGGUCAACUUCUGCUGCCCCGACGGCUUCAGCUGCCAGCCGGGCUCCCAGGACUACCGCGUGUGGACUUGCAGCGCUGACGUCACCGCGGGGCCCCCAGUGGAUGACGCGGCAGAGCUGCUGCAGUACCCGCCGCGGAAGCUUCCCGAGGGGUCCUGCACCUGCCGCACGGACGCGAAUGAGGAGCGGGUGCCGACCGCGUGCCCCAGCCCUUGGAGCACGCCAGCCGGCACGGACCAGGUGGCGACCCCGAUCAAGGUGGGCAAGAAGGGGCGGUUCUACAGCACAGAGACGGGGCAGGACGUGGUGCUGCACGGAGUCAACUGGUACGGCUGGAGCGUUGGACAGUUCAACUUUGACGGCCUCUGGGCGUUCUGCGACGACAACUUCACGGCGAGCACGCCCCCCUGCCAGCAGGACGGCGAGAUCCCGCCCCACUACCCCUACCCUGCGAUUGGAGCCGCGGGGAUCCAGCGGCUCGGGGGCAUCCGGUUCUGGGGCAAGCGGACGAUGACUAACGACUUUGCGACUGUGAUCUACAGGAUGAAGCUGCUCGGGUUCAAUUCUGUCAGAAUACCCUUCAGCUUUGCGGACCUCAACAAGGACAUCCCGCCCCCGAGCACCGGCAAGACCGAGUUCUUCCCGUGCAUGAUCGACCCGGACUCCACCAUCGCCUGGGGCAAGACGAUAGACCCCGCCCUGGCAAAGCUGGUGGCCGAUCAGGGGCUCACCGGCAAGUUCGACUUUCCGAGGUACACCGGCCCGCAGCACCCGCCGCCGAAGGUCAAGGGCAGCCCCCAGUGCAACCUGCCCUGGUCGGCGCCGUUCACCCCCAGCUACAGGGGCGGCCAGGGGCAGCUCAACCUGACGAUGUGCAACUGGUACCUGCCUCAGGGCCCAAACGUGCCUGCCAUACAGAGGCUGCUGUGGCAGGUGCAGUACGUCGUGUCCCAGGGCAUGUACGCCGUCCUCACCUUCAGCUCGGCGCGCGACCCCGAGCCGAACGUGGCGUCGCCGCAGCUCUUCACCAGGAACUGGCAGAACCUGUGGCGCAUGCUUGCUGACUUGCCCCAGUACAAGCACAUGAAGGGGCGCGUGCUCGCUGACCUGGCAACCGACCCAAGCCGCUGGGGCUGCCAGGUGCGCGAAUUUGCCCGGGCGGCGGGCGCGCCCGCCGGCAGCCAGUGGGACAAGACCUGCGCGCCGGCCGGCGCCUCCGGCCCCGCCUGCGCCCCCGGCGCGUGGCUGUACGCGUCGGCCGCCUCGGCCAUCCACGCGGUCGACGGGGACGUGCCGGUCCUAAUUGAGGGCAUGGGGCAAGACCAGCAGCGCGGAAAGUUUGCCUCGUGCGCCAGCGGCUACUUCCCGGGCCUCAAGUGGGGCGACGGCUUCAUCACGAACGGCCCCACUGUGUCGCGAUACAACCUCAGCAACCCCAGCGGCAUGUUUGCCUACGAGGAGUUCAAAAAGAUCGGGCCCUUUGCCAUCAACAAGGCCGCCAUGCCCAACCAGGCAAGCGCGGGGCGCCACAACACACCUGCCGCAUCCCCGCUCUGUACGGCCCCUGCUGAAACAUGCCCUCGGGCGUCCGUGGUGGUGUCGCCGCACCUCUACCCCGCCAGCAUCACGGGCGUCCCAGCAGAGACCGAGGACCAAGACGACGAGAUCACCUGGAAGUGGGACAUCUCAUGGGGCUGGAAGUCGCUGGGGCUCGACAAGACAAGCAAGGGCGAGGCGCUGCGCGACGUCGGCCUCCUCAUUGGCGAGUUUGGCGCCGCAGACGGCGGCGACAACGGCGUCGCCAACGCCGACACCACUAGCUACAGCGCCAGGGACGCCAAGUGGCUGAAGCUGCUGAGCAGGUACCUAAACGGGCUGAGCUGGCAGAACGGCCCCGCCAGCUGGAUGUGGUGGAGCUGGAACGCAAACUCCGGUGACACCAAGGGCAUCGUAGGUCCCCUUACCACCUGGCGUGAAGUUCAGUGGACCAAGAUACGCAUGCUCACCCGGGAGUUUGGACUCGUGCCGUGGUAUUGCAAGUACGUCAGCUCAGAGUUCUGUGAGACGGUGACCUGGCAGUAA